UAGGAAAAUACAAUCCGUGCCCAAAGACAUACGCCCAUUCUAGUUCGAAUAAUGGUCGAUAUAGUCGCUUCUAAACCUAUGGAUGCCAGACGAUUGAGCCGGUAUACUAUGUCAGGCAGUAAUGAAAUUGACACGUCAUGCAGGAGCUGAAAACUCAGCUGCAUAUUUCGCACCUUACCACAAUCGUCAAGACGAGGCUCGGCUCUACAAACAACGGUGCUGAUAAGAAUGGAUUACCCACGCGCGGGACACUCAAAAAUGGCCUCUAUAGAGAUCUCUAUACAGCGCCUACUUAAUAUACAACAGCGAUGGGCUUCUGGCAACACGUUUUCCUCCCCGGCUUUUGGGUUGCGUUGGUUGUAGGCGAGGCGUUUCUGUUCUGGAUUGAACCAGCAUUUUUGGGAUUCCUUCCCUUUGAAAUAUGGUUCUUGAUUCUAUCUACGGCUGCUUUUGGCAGUCUGAAGGCAUCGUUACUAUACCUCUUCUCAUAUCUGCUUUGGUGCAUCUCAACCAUCCUCUACGUUUUAGCUGUGAUUGUAGUCUGCAUACGAUUCGCGCUUCUAUUAACCCUGUCUAGUAUUCUUUUCGUAUCAUUUCGUGUUUACUUGGGUGUUUAUUUAGCGCUAGGACGCCUACUGCCUCUACCACGUUUGCUGUUCAUAUCACUACUGUCGCCACCACUGUCCUUGUUUUCCAAAGCCUGUGUCCUGCGCUGGCCGCGAUUCAGAACCAAGUUACCCGAAAGCGAAUUGUGCUCUACUUGCGAGCGUAUGAUUGAUCGUUCCGCACUUCUUACUGGCACCUGGUCUCUACUCGCCAAACGUGUGGAAUCUCAUUCACACCAUACAGCAAGAGACCUAGAAAUAUCCGCUAAGCAGUGCGCAUUGUGCCAUCUUUUACCAGGCCCUAAGUCGAUGACUGGCCCCGCUACAUCUAGCUCUAACUCGCUAAAUGAAAAUAUUAGUUUAGAGGAGGGCAGGGAAGAAACCCUCGAGGUCAAAAUAUGGGAAGAAGGUCAUGUUCUGGCGGGACAAGUACUGCGAAUGCAACUCAUCGGCGACCAAUUCAAGUCGGAAGAGUUGGUGAUUGGACGAGUAAAGAAUGUAUCCGAAUAUCGACCUCGCAGUCAGCUAGACGCGCAUAGAGAGAUGACUAACUCAUCGGAUGUCCUUUUAUGGGCCCGGGAACAAAUCCACGUUUGCGAAAGCGACCACGACAAUUGUGGGACAUAUUUCAUGAAGGAAUCUCAACGUAGUUUCUGUCCGGCACGACUUAUCGAUACUGGCGAGAUAGGCGAUGCUACGGUACGCCUCAUCACGGAAUCUGAGUUGCCUGCCAACACCAAUAUCAAGUAUGUCGCUUUAAGUCAUCGUUGGAGUCCACGUGAGAAGAUGAACACAGUUCUUUCGUACGAGAAUCUGGAAGCUAUGAUGCAACCUACCUUCUUCCACGAAUGGAAUGUAAAUUUUCAACAUGCUAUUUACAUUACACGCCAUCUGGGGAUUCGUUAUUUAUGGAUUGACGUUUUCUGUAUUAUUCAGGAUAGCGAUGAUUGGAAAAAACAAGCACCUAAAAUGGGCCUUAUCUAUGCUAACGCCACUUGCGUCCUCUCCGCAACAGCAGCUAAAGACUCGGACGGUGGUUGUAUCUUCCCCAGAAUUAAUGCAGCGGGUGGCUGCCAAUUACGUCGCCAGGGGAACACUUCACUCCAUGUCAAUCCUUCUGCACAGCUCGAUACAAUCAUGACCAAUCUCUUUAAGGCGAAGGUAGAUGAUGCGGAAUUAACAAGCCGAGGAUGGACAUUCCAAGAGCGCGUGCUCGCAAGUCGGAUCCUCCAUUUUUGCGAAGGCACCGUUCUCUUCGAAUGCAACCAAAUACAAGCAUCAAGUAGCCAUGGCUUCGCUCAGCCGUACUCCAAAAGAAAGCAAAUCUCCCUGGAUGGCAGAUUGCAGACAUUUGUCGGCCCGACGCCGCCUUCGGAAUCAUUUCUGCCCCCAAUUCACAUUCCAACUUUUGAACUUCCAUCGACUUCGGCAGAUAGAAUGUUUUCGUUAUCGGAGGAAACGGUUCGGGAAGCUAGGGUCAGUACCCGGCCGCUUUCACGGCCAGCCCGCGGAACAGUAGAGACUACCAAGGUCAAUAUUAAUUGGAACCUGGGUUCUAGCUUCUCAGACUGGUUUGGGUUUGAAUAUACCGACGAUUUGAUUGAGUCACUUGGAAAUUUUCAGUCUUACCAGGAGUAUUUAUCGUGGAAAACCUGGAGAGGUGAGGUUGUGGAAUCGGCUCGUCUGGGCAUGCGCGGCGCUUUCGAGGCUCUUUCGCGUUUUAAAGGCACAGAACUUGCCGAGAGGUUUGAGUUCCAUUGCUUAUGGUACGAGAUUGUCGAGAAAUAUUCGACCCGCGUCUUGACCAAAGACAAUGAUAAGCUUGCUGCUAUUGAAGGCCUGUCAGAGUUCGUCCGUCCCGAGUUCGUCGCUGGGCUUUGGGAGGAAGUCCUUCCGUUUAAUCUACUUUGGACCCUUAAAGGGACGAAACCCCUUCCGAGACCCCGCGAUCGCGGGAUUCCUACUUGGUCUUGGGCAUCGGUUGAUGGGUGCAUUUCGCAUCAACUACGUAAAGAGCCAUCCUUCAAUCCAUUUGCCCAGGGCCGUGGGGAGCAUCCUGACGUUUACAUAACUAAGACAAUUCCUUACGAAAAGGAAAGCCAGGAUCUAUGCACCCAGAUUGUUGAAGUAAGAUUUCGAAUUCCCCUCUUCGAUCUCAAUCGUCUACGCCACCACUUCCUCUGCGAUAUUAGUCUCGCCAAUGAGGAAUAUGAGGGCCUUUUCUGUCUCGCAGUCUUAUUGUUUAAGAAUACCGGUAAUUCUUACGAAGCUAGCCGAGAACUACAUGGCAUCGUAGUUAGCCCGGUGGCAAACUCAGCGUGUAGGUUUGAGAGGGUGGGGUAUUUCUGGGCAGGGGAUGAGAUCGUUAUAAAGGAAUCGCUCCAGGGGCUAACACAGGACGCGGUUCGCGCGAUUGAGCUUGUUUAACGACUAAAUCACUAAGCGGGAUUCACAACAUUGCAUCGCCUGCAAUCACCACUCCAGCUUAUGGGUCAAUUCAAGUAUCCUGUGUCUUUACC